UCAAGAUGGCGGCGGCAGCUACCUGCGGUGCGGGCGUCCUCAGCUCUGGGUUUGUAGCAUCCACCACCCGCCAGAGCGACACCACCAGCUUCCAGAGGAGGAGCAAGGCCUCUGGGGCUGACGGAGGUGGCCCUCGGCUGCUGUCCAUUGCGGGCACGCGACCGUCGGUGCGGAAUGGACAGCUGCUGGUGUCAACCGGGCUCCCAGCCCUGGACCAGCUCUUAGGUGGAGGUUUAGCUGUUGGAACAGUUCUUCUGAUUGAAGAAGAUAAAUAUAAUAUGUAUUCACCUUUGCUCUUCAAGUAUUUCCUGGCAGAAGGAAUCGUCAAUGGACAUACUCUGUUGGUUGCAUCUGCCAAAGAAAAGCCUGCUGACAUUUUACAGGAACUCCCUGCACCACAACUUGAUGAUAAUGGUAAAAAAGAGCUUGAUGAUAUACAUAAUCCUCAAACACCAGACACAGAUGUUAACAUGAAAAUAGCCUGGCGAUAUCAGUUUCUACCCAAGAUGCAGGUUGGACCAGUGUCAUCUUCACGAUUUGGUCACUAUUAUGAUGUAUCAAAAAGGAUUUCUCAGGAACUUCUAGGGAGUUCAAAAUGGCAUGGAUUCUUCCUUCCAGAACACAUAACUACAGAACUUAAGGGAGAAUCCUGUUCUUUGUCCCGAGGCUACAUGAAGCUGCUUGAGUUCAUACAGAACAUCAUUUAUACUGAAGGAUUUGAUGGCUCUAAUCCCCAGAAAAAACAGAAAAACAUUUUAAGAAUAGGAAUUCAGAACCUUGGCUCACCAUUAUGGGGAGAUUACAUUUGCUGUACAGAAAACUGUGACAACAGUCUCAGGCUUACCAAGUUCCUCUACAUUCUGCGUGGCCUUCUAAGAACCUCACUGUCAGCCUGUAUCAUCACGAUGCCAACACAUCUAAUCCAGAAUAGAGCAAUUACUACUCGGGUGAGAAAUUUGUCAGAUACAGUAGUUGGUCUGGAAUCUUUUAUUGGUUCAGAGAGUGAAACCAACCCAUUUUAUAAGGAUUAUCAUGGUUUGAUCCAUAUACGGAAGAUUCCUCGGCUUAAUAACUUGACUUGUGAUGAAUGGGAUGUCAAAGACUUAGCCUUUAAGUUAAAAAGGAAGCUGUUCACCAUUGAGCGACUGCAUUUGCCUCCAGACUUGUCAGACACAGUGAGCCGUUCAAGCAAACAGGAUCUGGCAGACUCCGCCAAGCUGCUGGGCCCAGGCUGUGGCAUGAUGGCCGGAGGCAAGAAGCACCUGGACUUCUAGGGAAUCCUCCUUAGUAACUGCAUGCGGAAUUAUCUGACACCCUAAUUAUGAUUGCAAAUAGCUUAUGUAAAUAUUUUUCUUAAUGAUUUGACCCUCCAAUCUUUGAAAAACACAGGAUUCCAAACGGAACCUCCAUUCUUCAAUUCGGGUUGUUUCAUUGUUUGUUUUUCCACCAACUUUUGUACAAAAAUAAUAGAGCAGAAAUACCAUCAUUUGACAUUAGCUGCUAUUGUGUAUUUUAAAAUACUAAUUAAUUUUUAAAUAAACACCAAAAAAAAAAACCCCAAAACAUGAUGUGCCUUAGAGUGGUCAUUGGUUCAUGUGGAUGAUGGUGUCGUGAAUGAUGGUGGUAGACAUGUUCACCCAUAGAGUAUAGAACAAUAAUUCAAGUUGUGUGGGAUACAUCGCUCUGUGUUUCUGAAAAAGUCACCAAAAACUGCUAAGCCUUUUUUAAAAGAAUGUUCUGUUUGCUAGUAUAUGAAACAGUUUGCAUUUGUGCAUCCUGUUAUUUCAAGUGAUAAAGACAAAACAGCCAUAUUUGGGGGAUUUUGGCUUAAUUACUCCACACAUAUAGAACCUGAUGGACUGUACAAAAAUAGCUGGGUGUACUGAUGCUCUAAAGUUCUAAAUAAUUGACAUCGGUACUGUGAAAUUGUUUCAACAGACAAAAUUCGAGAUUGAAAUUCAAGCUGGCAGCUCCACUAAUGCUGGGUCCCAAAGAUGUGUCCUGAAGCCCAGUGAGCAGGUUACAUAAUGUGGGUCUAAGACAAUGUGAAAACCUGAAAGGAACUCAGAUUUCCAUUGUGUCACCUCAACCCUUUGUUAACCGUGAGCAUUGGCUAAGCAUGUUAAUGAAUCUCUAACCAUGGACCAUGUCUUGGGAACACAGCAUAUGGAACAAGUUUUCAUAUAACACACUAGGGUUUGGUGUCAUGGGUCCAUAAUUCUUGAAGGGUUUGACAAAUCAUAGGUACAGAGUGAAAGUUAAAAAGCAACUUGCAUGUAUUUAAAGACUCACGUUUUUUAAAAAGAUGUUUAACAUCUGUUGGCAGAAAUUGAAUUUCCAAAAUACAUUUUCAAAUAAAUUAGAAUAUUUUGAAGCACCUUAAACUAACAUUUUAAGCAGUUUCCUUUUAAUAUACCACAAAUUAUACUCUAUUUGUUCUUGACAACAUUGUAGAAAACAAAGACUAGGUUUUUAAAACUGUCUAACCAAUAUGAUGAAUGUCAGUCACUUAAAAAAAAAAGCCCACUGUAGCAUAAACACACACUGUAUACAGCUCUUAUUCAGAAUUAGAAUAAUUGAAUCGAUGACAGUGAUUUGCCAGGAUGUCAAAUCUCUCCAUCAUACCCUGUCACUACCAGUUUAUUUUUUGUGAUAAAAUCAAAAAGACAACUAUUUUGUCACAACGGCUCCAU